AUGUGCAAGGCUCACAAGGUGGCAGUGCUGCCUGGUGACGGUAUUGGCCCCGAGAUCAUGGACGCCGCACUCAAGGUGCUGACAGCAGCGGGCCGGAAGGAGGGGGAGACAUUCGAGUUCAAGCACGCACUUAUUGGUGGUGCUGCGAUCGAUGCCACGGGCAACCCGUUGCCCGAGGAGACGCUCGACAUCUGCAAGGCCAGCGACUCGGUGCUGCUGGCCGCCAUCGGCGGCUACAAGUGGGACACCCUGCCUGCGGCGCAGCGGCCGGAGCGCGGCCUGCUGGGCCUGCGCGCGGGGCUCAACGCGUUCGCCAACCUGCGGCCGGCGAUCGUGCCUCGGCAGCUCGCGGACAGCAGCCCCCUCAAGAAGGAGAUCGUGGAGGGCGUGGACAUCCUCAUUGUGAGGGAGCUCGUGGGCGGCAUCUACUUCGGGCAGCCCAGGGGCUUUGGCACCAACGAGAAGGGGGACCGCAUCGGCUUCAACACCGAUGUCUACUCGGAGCCCGAGGUGGAGCGCAUCGCGCGCGUCGCGUUUGAGGCCGCGCAGAAGCGCCAGAAGCGGCUGUGCAGCGUGGAGAAGAGCAACGUGCUGGAGGUCAGCCAGCUGUGGAAGGAGGUGGUGAUCCGCGUAGCCAAGGACUACCCCGAUGUGGAGCUCUCACACAUGUACAUUGACAACGCCGCAAUGCAGCUGCUGCGCAACCCCAAGUACUUUGACGUGGUGGUCACCGGCAACAUCUUCGGCGACAUCCUGUCCGACGAGGCGUCCAUGCUCGCGGGCAGCUUGGGCAUGCUGCCCUCCGCCUCUAUCAGCGGCUCGGGGCCGGGCAUCUUCGAGCCCGUGCACGGCAGCGCGCCGGACAUCGCGGGGCAGGACCUGGCCAACCCCAUGGCCAUGGUGAUGUCGGCGGCGAUGAUGUGCAGAUACGAUCUCAAGAUCCCGAAGGUGGCUGACCGCCUCGAGGCUGCGGUUGACCAGGCUCUUGACCAGGGGCUGCGCACCAAGGACUUGUGGAAGGAGGGCACCACCCUGGUCAAGUGCUCUGAGCUGGGGAACAAGCUGGUCGAGCUGGUGUAG